GGACGAACACUUCUGUCAGCAGCUCCAGGUCAAAUGGACGGGUGUGUUCAGUUGGAGUAGUUGUGCUGCACAUUCCUCACAUGCUCACAUUCAGCACAGCGGCGAGUAGGGGGAUGGAAGGAAGAAGAGGGAGGAGUUAGUCUCAUGUAAACGCAGACAUAUGUCCGGCUCGCAGAAACUCUGGGCUCUCUAGCAGCGACAGGACGUGAGAAGAGGACGUGGAGCACCACCUGCUUUCACACGAUGUGGCUGACUCUUCUCUACUGUUGCACCGGUGGGGGGGCUCUGCUGUACGUUCUGUACAAAUGGGUGAUCCCCCACGUCGUACAGUACCAUCCAGGUCUCACCCUUUUCUGGCACGACAGGAUCGUAGAGCGAGUUCUGGAUACGCUGACCCAGUCGACACGUCCUCAGCGCAUGCUGGCUGCAGUACAUAACAACGCCACCAGAGGAGACCCUCGCAGCGUGGUGAAGGCCAUCGAUCAAUUCUGCAGGCAGAAGGAGUGGGCCAUGAACAUUGGAGAUGAGAAAGGCUGCAUUCUUGACUCCGUGGUGUCGGAGGUAAACCCAGCCAUGGUGCUGGAGCUGGGAACCUACUGUGGCUACUCUACGGUGAGGAUCGCCAGCCAGCUGCCUCCUCAUGCCAAGAUCAUCACCCUGGAGUUUAACCCACAGAACGCUGCUGUGGCCCGGCAGAUCAUUGCCUGGGCAGGACUGGGGGAGAAGAUCAAGCUAAUUGAGGGAUCCUCUGGUGACUGGAUCCCCAAACUGAAAGAGCAGUUUGGGGUUGACACAUUUGACUUGGUCUUCUUGGAUCACUGGAAGGACCGCUACCUUCCUGAUACUAAACUUAUGGAGGAAUGUGGCCUUCUAAGAAAAGGCAGCAUUCUGUUGGCAGAUAACGUCAUCUGCCCUGGAACCCCUGAAUACCUGGAGUACAUCCGUAACAGCCCGCGGUACAAGAGCCAGUACUUCAAGUCUCAUCUGGAGUACACCAGGGUGGAGGACGGCUUAGAGAAAUCCAUCUUCCUAGGGUAGAUGUUUACAGACAGCAUCAUGUUUGAUGCAGGUACAUUUCUGAGCUGCUUUCUUUCAGGAUCACUAAGCAGAAUCAAAGAAAAUCAGCUCUGUUUUUCUAAUGUAACUUUACAUGUUGACUUGGGAUUAAAGGCCACAAUAAAAAAGUGUGAUGUUUUAAUUUCAA